GCCUCGCUCCGGCUCGGGGUCCGCCACACCGGACCCUCCGUGCCCGCGCUGCGCCGGGUCCACCGCCAGGUCUGCGCGCCGCGGCUGAGCGCCCACUCGCCCUGCGGAGAGCGCCGCGGAGGGACCGGCGGGGGCGGCGGCGGGAGAGCUCGGGGGGAGCCGGAGGAGGUGGCAGUCGGGAGCCGAACCGGAGGAGCCCGGGAGGCAGCGCGCUCGGCGCCGCGGAGCUCACUCCCUUGCCCGGGGAUGGGUCCCUGCGCGGCCCAGCCCCUGCCCGGCCCGCCCGGCCAGGACUGAGCUGAGGCUCCCCGCCGUCCUGUGAACUGCCGGGUACCGCGAGGCGCGGACCGAGCGCCGGCCGCCCCCCGGCGGGACCCAGUCUUCUGCGCACCCCGCGCAGCGCCCCCAGCCGGAGCCGCGCCGGGCAGGCCGGCGAGGGAGCGGGGCUGAUUGGCGGCCGCCGGCGGCCGGGGGAGGGGGCGCCGCGCGGGGCCAUGGCUGGCUCGGAGGCGUCUUAGCCGGAGCCCCAGCCGGAGCCGAGCCCGAGCCGUCGCCACCAACGCCUCUCCGCGCCCGGGCCCCCGCCGCCGCGCCCCCCGCGGGAGAUGGAACAGCGGAACCGGCUCGGCGCCCUCGGAUACCUGCCGCCGCUGCUGCUGCACGCCCUGCUGCUCUGCGUGGCCGACGCUACAUUUACCGAAGUCCCCAAAGAUGUGACAGUAAGGGAGGGAGACGACAUCGAAAUGCCCUGCGCGUUCCGGGCGAGCGGAGCCACCUCUUAUUCGCUGGAGAUUCAGUGGUGGUACCUCAAGGAGCCGCCCCGGGAGCUGCUGCACGAGCUGGCGCUCAGCGUGCCAGGCGCCCGGAGCAAGGUAACAAAUAAGGAUGCAACUAAAAUCAGCACGGUCCGGGUCCAGGGCAAUGACAUCUCCCACCGGCUGCGGCUGUCAGCGGUGCGGAGACAGGACGAGGGCGUGUAUGAGUGCCGCGUGUCGGACUACAGCGACGACGACACGCAGGAGCACAAGGCCCAGGCGCUGCUGCGUGUGCUUUCGCGCUUUGCGCCGCCCAACAUGCAGGCCGCGGAGGCCGUGUCCCACAUUCAGAGCAGCGGCCCGCGUCGCCACGGCCCAGCCAACGCUGCCAACGCCAACAACGUGGGUGCCACCGGCGCUGCGGGCCGUGCCACCUCUGAGCCCGGCCGGGCAGACAAGAGCCCGCCUCCCGGGAGCCCUCCAGCCGCCGUCCCUGGUCCCGGAGUCCCCGAGGCUGCCGCGGCCUCCGUGGCCCACGCAGCCAGCACCACUGUCGCAGCCAUGGCCGCUGCUUCAUCGGCAUCGCCGCCGUCAGGCCAGGCGGUCCUUCUGCGCCAGAGGCACGGCUCAGGCACCGGGCCCAGCUCCGCCACAGACCCACUCCUCUCCCUGCUCCUGUUAGCUCUGCAUAAGUUCCUUCGCCUGCUGCUGGGGCACUGACACUCGCGGCCAGCCCGAGCACUCGCAGCCCGCGCCGCCGGACCUCGCCGCUGGACCUGGGUGAAGACGUGGCGGAUGGACACAGACUGGAAAAAGCAUGACAAAGUCCACAUGGAAAAUUUAAAAAAUCAUAUUUUUGGGGAAGUUACACAAAUGUAGAACACCUAAAGUAAUGCAUCUAGUUUCCAAAUAAGAUGGAGUCUGGACCGUGCAGUCGCAUGGAAUCACCCGAUUUCUCUACUUUGAUGUAUUUUUCUUUCCUAAACUUUUCCUCCAAGUCUUCAUUUUGCACGAACUGUUGAGCAGUUAUCUCUAGGAUCUCAUGUAAAAACGCUGGGUCAAAGCCUUUCUGACAAAGCAAAAUAUUUUUAGCAGAUUAUUGUGUUUAGGAUUUUUAUUUCCUUUUUCGUUUGGGGGGGGGCUCUCUUUUUUUUAAUUAAAGUAAAUUAUUUCUUUUGAGACAUUUUGAUUAAAAAAGAUACAUCUUAUCAAUUAAAAUCCACUGUCAAUAAUAUUUAUUUUUAAAUAAAGCUUGGAAACAAGGUCAGAUACUUGUUUAUAAACUGUAUUGUAUAUUGCUGAAUAACAGUUGAAUAAAAAACAACUUUGAAAUAA